UACAGAUAGAUGUGUGUAAAACCAUCCAUGGCAAUUCGCAAAUCGCAAAUAUGCAAUCCAUUCAUCUUUGCAUGCUUCACCAACUCUUUCCCAAAUUAAAAAUAAAAAAAUAAAAGAAAAUCCCGAAACCCAAACGCCCUCAAAAAAAAAAAAAAAAUGAAAGAGAAAAACUAUUAUUGAUCUUGCAAAACGAGAAUAAAAUGAAAUGCUUUUGAAAUCUCACCCACUUUCGCCAUAUUUAUGAUUGGGACUUUUGGUUUUCUGAGGCCCAGUGCUGAAAUUCGGAAAAUCUCCAGUGGGUUCCGCCGCUUGAUCGUUUUCCCGAUGCCUCCGUCUCUGCUCCGAUCAUAAGAAUCGCCGGCCGGCGUUUCGCCAUAGACAGUGCUGGAAAAGCUCCUGUGUUGUACUCUGUGCUUCUAGUGUUGUUCUUUGGUGUUCUAGGGUUUUUUUUUUUUUUUUUGGAUUUUGGAUGCUGGAGAAGAAGAGUGUAGAAGCAAUGAAGGACGACGACGAGUGGGAAACGUUGCUGGACGAGAUCCCUCAUGUGACAUCGUCGCCGAAUCUCCGUCCGGCGGCGUGGGGAGGCGCUCGGAAGCCGAGCAGUGUGGCCGAUCUCGGCUGCGGACAUGCACCGUGGCCUGCUUUGAGCGGCCAUGGCGUCAACACUGGGUACUACGAAAGCGACGACGUUUUGACGCAGAGUGGGUUUUCUCGGAAAUCCGACGGCGGCGGCUCCUCGUCGAGCUUAUUCUCCGGCGGCGCGCGUUCGAUGUCGGACAUCGGAUCGCCGCCGCCGCCGCCGCAAUUGGAGCUCAAAAGCCGCUUGAUCCCCGGCGCCGGAUUCUGGAGGAAUUUCUACAAUGGGAACGAGGGGAAUCUCUUGGACGAUUUCAACCUCUCCGCGAGUUUCAACAUUCUGUACAUUAGCGACGAGCACGACACUGCUCCACCACCACCGCCGUCGCCGGCGCCGGCGCCGGUAUUCCCUAACUGUGUCCAAUCCUGCGAUCUAUCUGUAAAUGUGAAUUUCGAAAAGUACGGAGCAGCUUCCCAUAGUUACACGAAUGGAUUCAAUUUCAAUCUCUCUGUUCCUAGAGGACCUCUGGAUUUCGGUGGCGAUGAAAGAGCUGUGAACAUUUCAAGAUCACGGUAUUCCCCCGCCCGAUCGGAAAGCUUCUUCGCCGGAAACAAUGAAUUCAGUCCUCAGUUCUACAGAGCUAACAAUUCCCCUAUGAGACUAAUUUCAUCCGAUAUACCCUCAUCUUUAAAUAUGCCUUCGCCUCGAAAUCGGAUGAUGAAUGUAGUUCAAGCAAGGAAUCCUUUCUGUCCAAUGCCGACGCCCCGAAACACCGAUGAAACUUCAAUGUCUUACAGAACAAACAAGCCGCUGUUCCAUGUCCGCGACGAUGCCGUUAGCAGAGAAGACAGUUUGAUCAUUCAAGGGGAAGGGGUGAACUAUGGUAUGAACAGAGCAAAUGCUAAAACCAGGGCUCAAGAUGGCUGCCGGAGUCCGAGGAUGUUUUUCUCGGCGACCCUGCCGCAGAAAUGCAGCUCACUAGCAGAAGUUCAUGGAUACAUAUACCAAAUCGCGAAGGAUCAGCACGGAUGCAGGUUCUUGCAAAGGAUGUUCGACGAAGGAACUCGCGAAGACGUGGAGAUAAUAUUCGAUGAGAUAAUCGACCACGUGGUGGAGCUUAUGAUGAAUCCGUUCGGGAAUUAUCUUAUGCAGAAGUUGUUGGAGGUGUGCAGCGACGAGCAGAGAAUGCACGUGCUGCUGAGGGUGACGGAGGAGGCCGGCGAGCUCGUUAGGAUCUCUUUAAACACACAUGGUACUCGGGUGGUGCAGAAGUUGAUCGAGACACUUCAAACGAAACAGGAGAGAUUGCUGGUUAUUUCUGCCCUCGAGCCGGGAUUUCUUGCACUCAUCAAGGACUUGAAUGGGAACCAUGUUAUUCAAAGAUGUCUGCAAUGCUUUACGGCUGAGGAUAGUGAGUUCAUCUUUGUUGCUGCCGCUAAGUACUGUGUCGACAUUGCCAAACACCAACACGGAUGCUGCGUUCUGCAACGAUGCAUCAGCACUUCCACCGGGAAGCUACAAGAUAAUUUGGUUGCCGAGAUUUCAGCAAACGGGCUUCAGCUCGCGCAAGAUGCAUUCGGGAACUACGUCGUUCAGUACAUUUUGGAGUUCAAAAUUCCGUCUGCCACAGCCAAGCUGACGUCCCAAUUCGAGGGUAACUAUGUGCAUCUCUCGAUGCAAAAAUUCAGCAGCCACGUAGUCGAAAAGUGUCUUACGACGUGCAAUGAGAAAACGCGCUCGAAAAUCAUCAACGAAUUGCUCGCCGCGCCAUACUUCGAGCAGUUGCUUCAAGACCCUCAUGCAAAUUACGUCGUUCAGACCGCCCUCCGCGUUUCUGAGGGCCCUCUCCACAAUUCUUUGGUCGAAAAGAUCGAAUCCUACAAGGCGAUCUCGCGCAACAGCCCCUACUCGAAGAGGAUCUUCUCGCACAAGCUCUUGAAGAGGUAAUGCGGCGAUGUACAAUCUUUCUCCCGGUAAGAAACUUUUGUUGUCAUAAGUCAACCUUUGUGUGUGUGUUUUUAUGUAUGUAUCGAAACUGGUCGAUGAUCCGAAUCCUCUGGUCAAUUUUGCUCGCGUAUAAAAUGUUGUUUUUGUUACACCAAGAUGAACGAGUGUAAAGAAAAGCUUCCUCUCCGCAAUACUUGCGUGGUUGAGCGAUCGAAAUGCUCGAUAUAUAUAUCUGUCGAGUGUACAGUGUAUAUAAAGACUUGAAUCACCCUCUUCAUUUGCCGCAUUGUGUAUGAAUUCCUGUCUUU